CGCGCUGCGCUCGGAGCGGCUGCGAGCAGCCGGACCCGGACCCGCCGCCCGCCGCCCCCCGCCCCGCAGCGGCCGCCGCGUCUACGCCAGCGCCCGGCUUCACUCGCGGCCUACUCCGGCUUCUCGCCAUGGCGCGGCCCCUUGUGCCCAGCUCGCAGAAGGCGUUGCUGCUGGAGCUGAAAGGGCUGCAGGAGGAGCCCGUAGAAGGGUUCCGGGUCAACUUGGUAGAUGAGGGGGACCUCUACAACUGGGAGGUGGCCAUCUUCGGCCCCCCGAACACCUACUAUGAGGGCGGGUACUUCAAGGCUCGGCUCCGGUUCCCCAUCGAUUAUCCCUAUUCUCCUCCUGCCUUUAGGUUCUUAACCAAGAUGUGGCACCCCAAUAUCUACGAGACUGGUGAUGUCUGCAUCUCCAUCCUGCACCCACCCGUGGACGACCCACAGAGCGGGGAGCUGCCCUCCGAGCGGUGGAACCCCACCCAGAACGUGCGGACCAUUCUCCUGAGUGUGAUCUCACUGCUGAAUGAACCCAACACCUUCUCUCCAGCCAACGUGGAUGCCUCCGUGAUGUACCGCAAGUGGAAGGAGAGCAAAGGGAAGGACCGAGAGUACACAGACAUCAUCAGGAAGCAAGUCCUGGGCACAAAGGUGGACGCCGAGCGGGAUGGUGUGAAGGUCCCCACCACUCUGGCGGAGUACUGCGUGAAAACCAAGACUCCAGCCCCAGAUGAGGGCUCAGACCUCUUCUACGAUGACUACUACGAAGAUGACGAGAUGGAGGAGGAGGCAGAGAGCUGUUAUGGUGAUGAGGACGACUCUGGCAACGAGGAAUCCUGAUGGGCCCUCUGGCAUGGCAAAACUUUGCUUACAAACUACUGAAUUUUACCUCAACUAGGACAAACUGGUUUGAAUUUAGGAUCUGUCAGCCCUGAAAUUAACUCUCUACCUCGCAGGGAGAUUGUUCUGCUGUUGCAAAGGAAAUCCCACCACUCUUUGUAGGAGAAGCAAAAAAAAAGCCCAAGGCAAAAAUAAAUCCUAUUUUAUAAAGCUCCUGGGCACAGGGUGGGGAGGGAGGGGAGAAGUCGUGUUUGGGGUAUCCAUGAGUCCACUGAAUUUGGGGAGCUGGUGGCUCUGCCUAGGUGAGGAUGAGGAGUGAUGACAGAACUGCUGCUGGCUGCCCAUCGUUUGGGCAUGCUGCCCUGCAUGGAAGGUGCAGUCUGGGGCAGCUGUGGAGUUGUGGGAGCUUUCUGCAGCCUUUGGGGUGUUGGAAUCCCAAGGGAGCCUUCUACUGCCCUUCCUGCGAUGCUGGAGCUGUGUCCACAGUGAGUGGAGAAGGGCUGGGACGUGGGGGAAGGGCCAAGAGAGGAGGCAGGAUGUGCCUGGCAGCCACUGGGGUACUGCAGGGCUUGGGGGUGGGCUGUUUGUAGUUUUUAACCAGCUGGGGGGGUUGGGGUAGUGCUGCUGAGUCUUUCUGCUUCUGUUUUCCUGAAAACUAUUUAAUAAAGUACUUGGAGGAGCA